AUGACUAUCGAAAAAACCUCCAUCUCUGCCUCAGCCGUUGCGCCGUUCGGCCUUCCAGCCGAUCCAGACUCGCUCCACGGCGUGGCCUACACUUCGCCCCACACGCUUGUGUCCCAAACCGUGUACUCCACCGCCGCCAAGGUGUUUGCCUACAAGUCUGCGGGUGCACUUGAGUCCUCCGUUCAGCUCUGGGAAGCCUUUGGCCGUGCCAACCCGCAGGAGAUCGUGCCAUCGCUCACUGCCUUGGAGGUCAGAUCCGGGGCCGCUAACGCGAUCCUUGGCUACCUCUCACAGAGAGCCUCCCACACCGCGCUCCCGGUCCUCACCCCGGGCUCUGCGCUCAACUUUAUCCAGCCAACACUCGCCGGGUUGACUGCCGACAAGUUGCCGCUCUCGUUCCAGGUUGCCGCGUUAGACUACGACGAAGCCACCUCCUCCCUCGUUGCCGACUACGUGUCUCCGUUGAAGUUUGCGCGUGAGCUUGGUUACUCCGUCGUCACUCCCCUUUCCGCUGCCGAGGCACAGCACAUGACUCUCCUCUCUUUGGCGUUAUCCAAGCUCCAGCCAUCCCUCCACUUGUACGACGGGCCAGCCUUCUUGAGAGAAAACGGCCGCAUCGAGAACGUGCUCUCCCCUACAGAGCUUGCCGCCGCCUACACCCAGUUGGCGGCACAGACCCCGUUGUGGGAAUCGCUUCCGGUGGCCAAGAGACCGGCCGCGGCUUUGUCCGCGUUGAACGCCAUCUUUGACACCGCCUACCAGCCGUUCGAGUACGCUGGCCACGCAGAGCCAACCACUGUCUUUGUCGUUUACGGGACGGUCGAGUCCGAGUUGCUCUUGCAGACCGUCGCGACGCUCGCGGCGGACGCCAAGAUCGGGGCCGUCGCCAUCAGAGUGCCGCUUCCGUUCGACACCGCCGCGUUUGCCGCCACGAUCCCGGCCUCCGCCAAGUCCGUGGUGGUUCUUGGCCAGACCGUCGGUGUCGCCACAACCUCCGCCUUGAAGGCCGACGUGGCUGCCGCGUUGUUCUGGGAGUCUGGCAUCGCCGCGCCAUCCGUGUCCGAGUUUACCUACCCAGCCUCCUUUAUCUGGUCGCCGCUUAUCCUUCGCAAGGUGCUUUCUUCCUUUGUGGUGUUGCCGGAGGCGGCUGCCAAGCCGGUGGUUUACUCUCAGGAUGCCACCACCGCCGCCUCGCCGCACGGGAGCUUCGUCUUCUGGUCUCCAGACAACGGCCAGUUCGUCGAAGUCGCCUCCAAGUUGGCCCACGCGUUGUCCUUAGACGGUGCCUCCAGGGUCAACUACAGGGCCAAGUAUGACAAUGUCAACGGUGCGGGGUCUGUACACGCACAGAUCGCAUCAGUGCCCGUGGCCGAGAACUCCGUUCCCGGUUCGGUGGAUGCCGCUGACGUUGUCUUUGUCGAAGGCACCCAGAUCCUUUCCGCGUACGAUGUCAUCUCUACCGCGCGUGAGGGUGCCACUGUCUUGCUUGGUGUCUCCACCGGCGUAGUUGAUCUCACCGAGUUUGUCGAGAAGCUCCCAAUCAGCUUCAAGCGUGACCUCGCGGCCAACAAGAACAAGUUGGUCGUUGUCGACACCGCUGCGGUCGAGUUCCCAGAGACCGAGGGUUACACCGCCUCCAUCGUCGUGCAGGUUGCGUUCUGGCGCACCGUCUUGCCAAAGCUUGGCGAUCACGUUGUGCAGAAAUUGUGGCAGUCGCAGGGCUCCGGAAUCGAGUUGUUGCCGUCAAUUCUCACCACCUUGGCUUCCAAGUGCGAUGAGCUUGCGGUCAAGCCGGUGGAGGUUGUGCCAGAGUGGGCCCAGCUCGUGGAGGAACUUAAGGAGGGCGAAACUUCGGAUCCUCUUCCUUUCCUUGCACUUGAAACCGCCUUUUCGGGUAACCCGCGUACGUCUGAGGCUGCCGGGGAACCAGAACACUCCGUUUACGUUUCCGCUGCCAAGAGGCUUGCGUUCAAGGAGGCUUACGGUACCACCACCAGCCUCAGACCAGACCUUUCGGUGCGCAACUUUGUCGUCAAGGUCCAGGAAAACCGCAGAGUGACGCCGUCCGACUACGACAGAAACAUUUUCCACAUUGAGUUUGACAUCACCGGCACCGGUCUCACCUAUGACAUUGGUGAGGCCUUGGGGAUCCACGGCCGCAACGACAGCGCGUUGGUGCAGCAGUUCCUCGACCUCUAUGGCUUGGAAGGUGCCGACUUGGUUGUCGUGCCAAACAGAGACGACGCCAAGCUCGUCGAGACCAGAACCGUGUUCCAGGCCUUCUCGGAGAACUUGGACUUGUUCGGGAAGCCGCCUAAGCGCUUCUACGAGUCGCUUGCUCCGUUCGCCACCGAAGAGGCCGAACGCAAGCAGUUGGAACUCUUGGGUUCCGCCGAAGGCGCCGCCGACUUGAAAAAGCGCCAGGAGGAGAACGUUGCCGACUCCUACGCCGACGUCUUUGCCGAGUUCCCGUCUGCCCGCCCAGCCCUCUCCGACUUGGUCCAGAUCAUUGCGCCGUUGAAGAGAAGAGAAUACUCUAUUGCCUCUUCCCAGAAGAUGCACCCUAACGCCGUCCACUUGUUGAUCGUGGUGGUUGACUGGGUCGACUCCAGGGGCAGAACCAGAUUUGGCCAUUGCUCCAAGUACUUGGCCGAGCUUGCCGUUGGUACCGAGUUGGUUGUGUCUGUGAAGCCAUCCGUGAUGAAGUUGCCACCAUUGUCCACCCAGCCAAUCAUCAUGUCAGGCCUCGGGACCGGAUUGGCGCCGUUCAAGGCGUUUGUCGAGGAAAAGAUCUGGCAGAAGCAGCAGGGUAUGGAGAUUGGUGCUGUCUACUUGUACCUCGGUGCCCGUCACAAGAAGGAGGAGUACUUGUACGGUGAGCUCUGGGAGGCCUACAAGGCCGCCGGGAUUGUCACCCACAUCGGGGCCGCCUUCUCUAGAGACCAACCGGAGAAGAUCUACAUUCAGGACAGGAUCAGAGAGAACAUUGAGGAGUUGACCGAUGCCGUCAUGGAGCAGAAUGGUAGCUUCUAUUUAUGUGGCCCUACCUGGCCGGUGCCAGACAUCACUGCCUGUUUGGAGGAUGUUGUCAAAAAUGAUGCCCAGAAGACCGGUAAGAAGGUGGAUGCGGCCCAUGAGGUUGAGGAGAUGAAGGAGGCCGGUAGAUACAUCCUUGAGGUGUACUAA